AUGACUACAGGAAAUGCUUCACCACCUUAUGCACGAAUGGUUGGCAAUAAAUUUGAUGUAUCAGCUUAUUGUCAUGAACCAUUAGUUGCUGCACUUGAUCAUUUAACAAGUGUAAAAUUUGCACUUUUUUCUUUAAUUCGUCCAGCAUUAAAAAUUGCUGCUCGAUCAUUAUUUAUCGAAGAUGAAACAAUAACUGUUUCGAAUAUUCUAUCACAUUUAAAUUCUGAUGAACCAAUCGCAGCUCCACCACCUGAAGCUCAACGUCAACGACCAAAACGAUCAUUAGGUCAACGUUUAAUACAUUUUUUUACUGUUGGUAUUCCAUUAGCAAUUAUUAUUGGUAUACUUGCUGGUAUUCUUCAUUUUAUUAAAGCAGUUGCAAAUGAUCUUACAACUGUUAUUAGUGUUGGAUCGAAAUUAUAUUCAAUGAGUCAACGUGAUGUACAAUUUUAUAAAGACAAUCCAGAAUUGGUUCCACAACGUAAUGUCGCUAUUGAUGGAGUUAUUAAUACAGGUUUAAAUUUUUAUACACGUCGACUUAUAUAUCGAAAAUUAGGAAUGUUUUCAUUUAUUGCUAAACCAUUUAUGACACUUAUUGAAGGUAUUCUUACAAAACGUGUUAUUAAAUUUUGUGAUAGAAUUGAUAAUAUUCGAAAUCGUUAUGGUGGUAAUAAUAAUAAUCGAUCAACUGCACCAUCAGCACCACCACCACCAUCUUAUUAUAAUGAAAAAUCAAGUGGUGUAAAAUAUGAUUAA